GGAAUUCAGUGACUUCUCCAUCCUGCAUAGCAACGGUUGUCUUCUGGUUCUCACUGGGUGUCUGUCAGCUGGAGCAGAAGGAGGGAGCUCAACCUCUGAUGGGAAGUAACAAUAAGGAUUUCUGAAAAUGGAGAAAGGAUACCCACCACAGGAGUCAGCUCCACCGUACCCGGAGCCGCCUCUGAACUAUGGGGGCGCCAUGCCUCAGCCAGAGAUGUACCCACAGCCGGGGAUGUACCCACAGCCCGGAUUCUACCCAACAGCACCGCCCGCUGGAUACCAGGCCGGUGUUCCCUACGCUCCUCCUGCACCUGCAGCAACAGCCACUCACCUGGUUGUAACAGCGGGGCUUCAUGACAGCCCGGGACAAGCUUUGUGUCCGCACUGCCAGCAGACAGUGAUCACCGUGACGCAUCACACAGCGGGCCUGAUGACCUGGGGCAUCUGUGCCGGCCUCACCUUUUUUGGGUGUUUUCUCUGCUGUUUCCUCCCGUUCUGCAUUGAGUCCUGCAAAAACGUGGAGCAUCGCUGUCCGACCUGCCACAAAGUCAUCUACAUAUUCAAACGGUGCUGAACAUUACCUGAAUGGACCCACUUUUCUAUGGCCUUUUAAUAGCUUUACUUGUUUAUGCAAUGUUUUGAUAUUAAUCUAAUUGUUAAAAAAUGCACUUGUGACUAUGGAGCAUCAAACUGUGAGGACUUGAUGUCCGCAUUCAUGUUUGUAAUUCAUUAAACAAGAGAUGUAACCAAAAAAAGAUGCAAAGUAAAAAAACUCCAAAAAGAGAAAACGAGACCUUACU